GUGCCAUUUGCAACGAUCGAAUACCAGCGAGACAACCAGACGCCGGCCCUUGGAAGCUAGCUAGCAUGUUCAGCCACCAUGGGCACGGCCACGGCCAAUACCAGCCUCCGGCGACUGGUCCCCAGCACGAGCCGACGUUCAAGAUCUUCUGCCGCGCCGACGAGGGGUACUGCCUUACCGUCCGCCACGACGCCGUCGUCCUCGCGCCAACCAACCCCCGCGACGACUGCCAGCACUGGUACAAGGACAUGCGGCACAGCACGAGGGUGAAGGACGAGGAGGGCCACCCGGCGUUCGCGCUCGUCAAUCGCGCCACCGGCCUCGCCGUCAAGCACUCGCUCGGCCAAUCCCACCCCGUGAAGCUGGUGCCGUACAACCCAGAGUACCAGGACGAGUCGGUGCUGUGGACCGAGAGCAAGGACGUCGGCCAUGGCUUCCGCUGCAUCCGCAUGGUCAACAACAUCUACCUCAACUUGGACGCCUUCCACGGCGACAAGUCCCACGGCGGCGUGCACGACGGCACCACCGUCGUGCUCUGGGAGUGGUGCAAGGGCGACAACCAGUGCUGGAAGAUCCUCCCCUGGGGCCCCGAGGCGUACGCGCCGCCGCCGCCGCCAGCAUACGGGCACCAGGCAUACCCGCCGCCGCCGCCCAACCGUGAACCUGGCCACGGCUACCACCCCGCACCUGCGUUCUACCCGCCGCAGCCGCCACCGAGCCACGAUGAGCCGGGCUACGGCUACCGUCCACCGCCGGUCGGACCACCCGGUGCAGGGUACGGCAACCGGCUGCCCCGCGCGCUGGCGUCGGAGCCCACCGUGCGCAUCCUGUGCAGGGCCGACGAGGCGUACAGCCUCACCGUCAGGAACGGCGCCGUCUGCCUUGCACCAACCAAUCCCAGGGAUGACUUCCAGCACUGGGUGAAGGACAUGAGGCACAGCACGAGCAUCAAGGACGAGGAAGGCUACCCGGCGUUCGCGCUGGUGAACAAGGCCACCGGGGAAGCCAUCAAGCACUCCCUCGGACAGAGCCACCCUGUUAGGCUGGUGCCAUACAACCCGGAGUACCUGGACGAGUCGGUGCUGUGGACGGAGAGCAAGGACGUCGGCCAUGGCUUCCGCUGCGUCCGCAUGGUGAACAACAUCUACCUCAACUUUGACGCCUUCCAUGGCGACAAGGACCACGGCGGCGUCCACGACGGCACCACCGUCGUGCUCUGGGAGUGGUGUAAGGGCGACAACCAGCGCUGGAAGAUCCUCCCCUGGUAAAUCGAGAGACCGUCAACAAAAGCAUCGAUCGAUCCGUCACCUGUGCUUGCAUUUGGCACUGUUCGAGUUCGACCAUGCAUGCAUGUCGUGUUACUGUUGCGUGUCCUGUGUUUAUGUCACUGCAGAAUAAAUCAGGGUCUCGCUGUCAGCAGAGAUCAGAUGACCCCCUCCCUGCUAUUUGGUGUGGAUCCAUGCGUAUAUGCGCAUCUUUUGUACGAAGUUCUACUAGUUCAUGUCAUGAGAUGCCUGUCUACUCUGCCCAGUUUGCUUCUGGCGAGAUGAGUACUGCUCCGGUUUGAUACUCUACUACAGUACUAUGCGGUUGAUCUAUGUUUGGUA